AUGCCGUCUAAGUACACUGAACAACAGCGUCUCGAGGCUCGACGACAAUCAAAACGAAGGCAUUAUGAAAGACACAAGCUCGAAGAACGGUUCAAAUCCAGAGGUCGCUGGCGCAAAGCUCUUGGAGCUACAGAGGCUACCCAACAGCUUCUACUAAAACUAGACUACCUAUGGGUUAACCUUGGGUAUUCUACAGGUCCUUCUCAAUACGCAAUCCUCGAGUCCCAGUGCCUCCAGUUGGUUUGUGACGCUGAUGCUGAAGGAUGGCAAGCUGUGAGGCCACGUUGUGAAGGAAUGUUAGUAGAGGUGCAAGGACUUCUUUCUGAAGCCCGCGAGCUGCUUGCAAGUUCACUGCAGGCGGAUGGUGCAUGUACAGGGUAUUUUCUUGCAUCUUCUUCAGCUGCUGUUGAUGCUGUGGAAUUGCACUGUGAUGCAUUGGAAGAAGGACUGACAUUGAUGGACGACAGUACAGAUAAAUUCUUCGAGCGUCUCCGGCAUGACCAACUUGUAUGGCAGACGGUGUCAAGGUAG